CAACCCACUCAAACUCUCGCGCCCAGAUUCCCCAAUUUUUCUCUCCUCCGAAGCUUUCCCGAAGCGCAGAAGCGAGCAGCCAUGGACGCCAGCGGAGCCACGGGGAAGGUGAAGAAGGGAGCGGCCGGGCGCAAGGCCGGCGGACCCAGGAAGAAGUCGGUGUCGCGGUCCGUGAAGGCUGGGCUGCAGUUCCCCGUCGGCCGCAUCGGGCGCUACCUCAAGAAGGGCCGGUACGCGCAGCGCGUCGGCACUGGCGCCCCCGUGUACCUCGCCGCCGUCCUCGAGUACCUCGCCGCCGAGGUGCUGGAGCUGGCCGGGAACGCGGCGAGGGACAACAAGAAGACGCGCAUCAUCCCGCGCCACGUGCUCCUGGCGAUCCGCAACGACGAGGAGCUCGGCAAGCUGCUGGCUGGCGUCACCAUCGCCCACGGCGGCGUCCUCCCCAACAUCAACCCGGUGCUGCUGCCCAAGAAGGCGGCCGAGAAGGCGGCCAGCGGUGGCGCAAAGGAGGCCAAGUCGCCGAAGAAGGCCGCCAAGUCCCCCAAGAAAGCUUAGAGAGACUCCAUUAGUGGAGCCAUGCUGUAAAAUGUUUGUGUGGUACUAGAUCUGUAGAUGGGGUGGCUCCUGAUGUGGUGUCGUUGUGUGUGGCUUUGUGAUCUGUGUAUUCAACUGGAAGAAAUUAGAAAUUGGAGUUCCUUACUUGCUUAGUGGUCUUUGAUCUGUGCAUUUUUGUUGGAAGAUUUUCAGAAAU